AUGAAAUACUAUUUCGAUAAAUACUCAAUCGAUCACAUGCAGUUCGACAUGAAUUUUCUUUUUAUUUACUUUCAGAUCACCUUCUUCGUUUCAGUAUUGUACAACAACGUGCUUCUUGAUCUUGAAGAUUCUGUUAUAGCUAUACUGUCCAAUAAUUGUUCGAACAAUAUCCAAAAUAGUCCUUCGACAAAAUUGAUGUACAUGACAGUGAUGUUUCUUUUAACCACGCCGAAUUUCAAGAGAAUAUUAAUAUACAAAAAAUACCGUCACAAUGAAUCUGAACAAUACGGAAUUACGCUAGUUAUAAAAGAGCUUGGUUGUAGAUCAAUUCCGUCAGUUUCUUCCUGUUUGUAUAUGAUUAUUCAAAACCAAGCUAUUCGAUUAUCAUUGUUUCAAGUUUUCUUUGUCAAGCAGAUGGAAAAUAAUAAAAUAAAAUUGACGAAUGAAGUCACUCGAGUCGUCAAAGUUUAG